AUGGCGGUCUUCAAGAAGAAGGCGAAGGCCAAGGAUGAUACGUAUAUCAUUCCUCCAGCCGCAUCCUCGGACCCGGCACUGCCAACCAAAAUGUCGCGCAGCUUAAAACGAAAACAGAAAAAUGUGGUGGAACCGAAGCCCGAGAUUGAUCUUACUACUGCGCUUCCUGACACAAAUGACUUUCGGACUAGUCUGCUCAUGCCAGGCCUGUCCGCUCGCUUCAGCAUGCUUCGGGAGCAAGAUGACCCAACCACCAAAGUCGGCAAGGCCAGCGACGACAGCGUUCUAUUUCCCAAGAGAGCCUCCCGGCUUAACUUGUUCUCCCACAAUCCCUUGACCGAUAUUGCUGAAACUGAAUCAAUCCAGACCACGUUCAGGGCACCAUUCUCUGACGAGGAUCGCUCCAACUCCUUUUCCGAAGGGACUGGAUAUGCCAGCGACGAUGCCGGGACUGUCCUUGCGAGGCCAAGGCCCACAGACGGCAACAAUCUUUUUGGCGGCCGACAGAAGAUGUAUCGCAUUCCAACCGCCAGCGGUUCAGGCUCGUCAAAAGACUUGACCGAAAUCCAUGUACCCUUGACAUCUGGAAGGCACGUGUACCAGAACGAUGUUGUAUUGUCCCCGUAUCAGCAGAUGCGCCUCAAGGCCCGGGAGGAACAGGAUCGCGAGGAAUCUCGCGAAAGGCCAACAAGUGAGGGCGUUGAGGAACCGGAUCACAGCAGCGUCAUCAACACCCCUUCCACUGGAUUCAGCAAGAGCAGAGGAACGACGUCGUCCACGGCUUCGGGGCCUUCGAAUCGGCGCACCUCAACAGCCGCGACUUCAGUCGUAUCCGACACGCCGCAUCCGAGGCAAAGUAACACAAGCGCCGGCUCAAACAACAGGAUGCAUGGUUCUGAAUAUGACAGUGAAGAAAAUCUGCUAAAACGCAAUUUCUCAUCCGACUCUCGGAAAGGAUUGCCCGGUGCAGACAACCAGGCCCAACCUCCGCUUCCCAUGUCUCCUUCGAACGGCCGUCAACUCUUUCAGUCAAGCAGCGUCAGCAAUCUUGCAGACAAAUAUGCUCAUGGAGCUUCUCCAUUCUCUACAAACGCCUUCCGAACAGGAAGCCCACCCCCAGCUCUCCAGACGCAGGCAUUGGCUUCGCUCGACUUUGGUCUCAAAAGCUCCCACAGCCAUCCACGCAGAUAUCAAACAACCUCUCCAACGAACGACGAAGACGAUGGACCGAUCUACAAACAGAGUCUUCAGCCGAAUGAUCGUGGCAAGGCUACCGCAAUGGGGUUGUUCAAUCGACCGCAGCAACAAUUUGACGAGCAAAAAUUCCAGGAAAGACAACUGCAAAUGCACGGGGGCAGGAUAUCACCACCGACCUCUGAUAGUCCAGACUAUGUUGGGAUAACGGAGCGGCAGAACGAGCCCGGUCGAUUUGUUCUCUCCAGCAAUCCAACUUCCCCAUUCAAAAACUAUCGUGGCCGAGAAUCUGGUGAUAUCUUGGUCCCUGCUCGGUCAAGAGCACAAUCCACAGCCUCCUCGGUCAAUCCAGCACAGGUCCAAGCACAAGUUGAAGCACUGAUCAAGCGUCAAAACGAAGAGUACUCGACACUUCAAACACAGAAAUCCACAACGGCCGAGGCAAACGUGGCCCCCGUGCUAUUGCAGUCUAAGUCACUCAGGGAGCAGCCCCCAGCAUCUAGGGGAACCUUUUUCGACACCUUUCACAGCAGCGAUGAAGAUGAAGCCGAUAGCCCCAUGUUGGGCAGGUAUGAGCCAGCACCGAGGCUUGCUCCAUUAGAUGUCCAUCCAGCUCUCCGUGACGGAUCGCAAGCUUUCGAUUUUGGGGAUCAUAUCUCGGGCAUUGUCAAGUCUACCCGACCUGAGUCCAAUGUUUCAGCCGACACUUCUUCUCCUUCGGUUGCACACGAUACUCCAGACACCUCAGAUUCACUUCAUCGGUCCUCUCACACGAAUGCCAAGGAUUCACCAACCCUGGGCCCAACCACCGGACUCGGCUUGAGUGGUUUGAUUAGGACUCACCUGAGGCAUGACAGCGACAGGUCCUCCGUGGUGCCUCCACCGUCGCCGGGACAGCCUCCAUAUCAAUCGAGUUUCUCUUUCGGCACCCUGCACGACCGAGAACCCUCUAUUGCCUCCAUUCCCACCGGCAAUUAUCGAGGAUCUAUACGUGAGCGAGAGCCCUCUGUUGUUUCUACUCAACCAGGCAAUUAUCUCGCGUCUCUUCGCGAUAGGGAGUCGUCAAUUGCCUCAACUGCUCGCACAACCAACCCCCCGGAAAGCACGCACAGUGAUCCUUGGGAAUUUGAUAACGCACAGCGCACUGUACGAAGCCCCCCAGAACCAGUACAGAAUGAAGCUAUACCUGCUAUGUCUCAGAAAGCACAACAGAUUCUCGGGCAGGCAAUAUCUCAUAGACACCAAGCCGCAAGCAAGACGCAACAGAUUCUUGGUGAUGAUGCCCCCAGACCGGGCGAAGAGCAACAUCCCGCAAAUAGACCAUGGCCCUACGAUACGCUGUCCCAUCAUCGUGGAGAGAGCACAGAGACCCAGAAAGAAUUUGGCAACGAGCUGGCCGAGCGCGCAAAGAGAAUUCAAGAGGGUCUGAAGGGAGUUGCAGUAGCCGAGAAACGUUCUCGAAGCCAAGAUCGCCAAAAUCCUGCUGCACAGGCUUUACACGCGCUUCGUCACAAGACCAGCAAAACAUCUCUGGCACCUCGGGCCAACGAGCCCCAGCCUAAAGCUAUGAAGAUGCUUGGGAUAGGCGUUGCUCCGAAAUCAGAACCUAUGGGACGAUCACCCAACAUGGGAGCAAGGGGGGAUUACGACUUCGACCAAGGAUACGACGAGUAUGGAAAUCGACCUACCCCCAGGCAAAGGCCCGCCGAGUUUGAACCCCCCAGUGGCCGGCAAACACCAGGGUUCUCGCGACCGGGACCGGGUCCUGGACCUUAUCCGAGCAGCUCGAUUGAAGAUCCUGAGCGGCUCUAUCAACGCUCCGCGACACCAACUGCUGGGAGAGCGAGGCGUGAUCGGGCCGAGUCUGAGGCAACCGAAAGGUCGAGAAGCCGAGGAGGUCGGUACAGAGACGAACCGCCAUAUUCACCAGCCGGAUAUGGUAGACCAGGCCCGCCUCACCUACCAUCACACCGGGAGCAGCAGCAACGCCCGUAUGGUCAUCCUGAUGGACCACAUGGCUAUCCUGGCCCUCGCCCUCCCCGGGGACCUCCACGUGGUCCUCCCCCAGUUGAUCCACGCACCUAUGAGAGGUCUGCUUCGGCCAUGUCGAAUCGGCAACCAAGUGGAACUCGACCCGGUCCAGCAGGCUAUUUCGAUGGGCGUGCUGCUACACCGACAAUGGGCGGAACUCCUCAACUUGGACCGGGUCCGAUCCCGAUGGGAGCACCAAGGCCAUCUCCACGUCCCCCUUUCCCGCACUCGCCCAUCAGCCCCUUGGGGUCUCAGCCUGGGAUGUCGCCUGGUCUCUCCACUCCAGCUUCCGGCGUGCUCUCUGCUCUGCCAUCUCCAUCAGGUCCUCUACCUCAGCAACCGCCUACAGGGCGCUUCACACCUGUCGAGGGCCGGUCCACCCCAAUAGGAAGCCGCAAGAAAUCCGUCACCAAAGGUAUGAUCUCGGAACCAACAUUCAUUUCCAGCACUUCCUCGGUUCCCCUGGUCGGUUUGCCAAAUGGGCCCAGGCCAAGUCAAAUUGCAAGCCCCCCAAUUCCAUCUAUGAACCCACGCCGUCGUGGAAAUACCAUGACCGAGAGACCCGAUGGAUAUUCCAGCCCGCGGAUGCACGCAUCUCAGAUGCCGUCAAUGCCUGAAUCUCCAGGUCGUGGCGGAGGUCUGCCCAUGAGUGCUGCCCAGCAAGCUUAUAUCGAUCAGCAACAAAUGCAACAAAAACCUCCGCCGCGUCCACGGAAUCGCCUGCGAAAGAUCAGCAGCGAGGGUGGAAGCAUGGCUGCUCGCGCCCGGAACCAAGCCAUGAUGUUGGAAUUUGGCCACGAAAAGCUCCGGAGCCCAGCGAUGCCAGUGUUUCCCAACCGCAGCGCGACCUCUUUAAGCAUUCACCAAGACGGCGGCAUGUUCUGA